AUAUUUAUUUAACAUUUUAAUGUUUUUAUGCGUGCGGAUUUUGAAAAGAAAAUAUCAUGAACUUUCUUCGUUUCAAAAGCUUUUAAUUUUCACGAUUACGAUUUUUCUUCUAUGGGUACUUGGAGUUGUGGAUAAGUUUAGAGAGACGAGUUUUGGUGACUUCAGUUGGCCACUGGAAACGCGUAAUUUACAAUUGCGAAGCAAGUUUACAAAAUAUCCACAGUGCAAAUUUUCUGGCAAUGGACAAAAGAUUAUUAUUAUUAUAAUCAAGUCAAGUGCGAAAAAUGGACCGAUGCGAGAGUCAGUAAGAAAGACGUGGGGAGUGUUUCGAAUGAUUGAUGGAGUCGAAGUUAUGCCAAUCUUCAUUGUGGGAAGAGUGGAAAAUAUGGAGAUAAUGAGAAGAAUUGAUGUAGAAUCGGAGAAGUAUAAGGAUAUUCUUGCAAUAUCAGACAUAGAUUCAUAUCGGAACAAUACCUUAAAAUUGUUUGGCGCCAUUGACUACGCUGCGAAUCCAAAUCAAUGCUCUUCUCCAGACUUUACCUUUCUGGUAGAUGACGAUUAUUUGGUACAUAUCCCAAAUCUUGUAAAAUUCGCAAAAACUAAACAAAAAGAGGAACUUGUUUACGAAGGCUUCGUAUUUGACACGUCACCAUUCAGGCUUAAGAUCCACAAACACAGCAUUUCGCUGAAUGAGUAUCCAUUUUCACGAUAUCCUCCAUACGUCUCCGCUGGCGCUGUCUUCCUCACUUCCGAAACCAUUGCGCGAUUCAGAAAUUCAAUUAGAAAACUGAAAAUGUUUCCAUUCGAUGAUGUCUUUACGGGUAUUCUCGCCAAAACAGUGAAUGUCGCAGCAACUCAUAAUGAGAACUUCAUCUUCUGGUGUCGACGAGUGUCUCAAAAAGAAUGGGAUGAUGGUGUAAUUGCAGUUCAUGGAUAUGCCAGGAAAGAUCUUGAAUACGAGUAUAGCCAGUUAAACGGGUUCGAAUAAAUUGUAUUUUGAAUUUUUUUCAUAUAAUUUUCAACAUAUCAAUAGAGAUCGUAAGAAAUAAAAAUUAAAUAUUCAAAGUUUA